AUGUCAGAAGUGCUACCUAUUGAUGAGUAUGCACCUUUAUUUGCACCCUUCUUUGGGUUUGCGGGAUGUGCCUUUGCAAUGAUCCUUUCUUGUCUCGGUGCUGCUAUAGGUACAGCCAAGUCCGGUAUUGGUAUCGCCGGUAUCGGUACGUUUAAGCCUGAGCUGAUCAUGAAGUCUCUAAUUCCAGUUGUCAUGAGUGGUAUCUUGGCAGUUUAUGGUCUAGUUGUUGCCGUUUUGAUUGCUGGUGGCCUUUCUCCUUCAGAACCCUACACUUUGUUUAACGGAUUCAUGCACUUGAGUUGUGGUCUCUGUGUUGGUUUUGCAUGUUUAAGUAGUGGUUAUGCCAUCGGUAUCGUUGGUGACGUUGGUGUGAGGAAGUUUAUGCAUCAACCAAGACUUUUCGUGGGUAUUGUUCUGGUGCUAAUUUUCGCUGAAGUCCUUGGCCUAUACGGUAUGAUCAUUGCAUUGAUUUUGAACACUAGAAGCUCUGGUUAA